AUGGCCAACAGCCGCAGAGAAUCAUUUGCUACGGGUCCCCCGCUAUUCUCUCCCAAGACCGAGGACUGGCAGUCUGUCGAUAUGCAAUCCAUCCCCUCCAACAACCCUUAUGUCGACCCGCAAGACGCCGCCGGCUACCUGCGGAUGGACCACGAACACAGCCAUCCCUACAGCGCGCCCUCAACAAGCUCAUGGGGCAUGGCCGCUCAGACUUCUCUCCCCCCAUUUGACCCGGCUGUGGCCGCUGGUUUCGAGAUUCCUGCCUCAAUCUACCAGAACGCCGCUCAUGCCCCCAUGCCCUUCCCCAACAUGUUUGGCUCCAUGUCCGCCGAACAGAAGCACGACCAGGCGUCCCCCAGGAGCGAGUGGCCUGCCACCUCCCAGCCCAUACAUCAGACUGCUACUGCUGCUGCAGUUGCCGCUGAUGGCGACCAGCUUGCCUCACCGGGCGACCUUCGCCGUGACGGUGUCCGCAAGCGGAAUGCGCGCUUUGAAAUCCCCCCAGACCAUAACUUGAACAAUAUCGAUCAACUCAUUGCCGAAUCUUCCAAUGAGAUGGAAAUCAAGGAGCUCAAGCAGCAGAAGCGUCUUCUUCGCAACCGGCAAGCUGCCCUGGACUCUAGGCAACGCAAGAAGCAGCAUACGGAGAGGCUGGAGGAUGAAAAGAAGCAGUAUACGGCAACCAUUGGGGAGCUUGAUAUGGAGGUCAACACAAUACGGCAUCAGCUGGAGGAGUCUCGUCACGAAGCCCAACUGUACAGGCAGUAUUGCGAAACUCUCACACUUCAAAAGGAUGAGUUGAUUCGCAAUCACACCAUCGAGUCGCGCGAGCUACGCAAGAAAAUUAGUGUGCUCACCGAGAACAUUGCUGCCCUCGAAAACAACUCGGCGCCUACUCCUGGGCCCAGUGGCAACACCAUCAACGGGCCAUUCGGGGAGGUCGACGCCAUGUGCAUGCCUGGUGGUUGGGAUAAUUCCAACUUCCUGCAUCAGUAUGGCAUGAUGCCCGAGGCCCCCAAGCAGAGCAUACAACCCUCCGUGGCCAAGAAGGCUCACUCCAGCUCCCCUGCAGAAGGAGAAAAGACAGCCACUCAAGGCGGCCUUCUCUUCAUGCUCUUCCUUGUUGGCGCUUUUGUCAUGUCAAGUCCUUCCCCACCUGCCAUUCCUCACGUUUCCGAGGAUGUUCGCUCCGCCUCUGCAGCACUCCUUGACAACGUUUUGAAGGAGGCUGGGAUGCCCUCAUCCACCGCCGUGCAACCCCUUCAAUCUCAACACGCCUCGGUCAAUUGGGGCGAUAUGUCGACCGGCGCUCCGAUGACUGGCGUGUUAACCGGGGGUGUGACUGCGCCGAUGCUCGGCGAUCUCAAUGACUUUAUCCAGCCAAGCCGCGAGCAGACCAACGAACAGGCCUUUUCCAUGUCUGCAGCACAAUACAACGGUGUAAGCGACCAAACCUUCUUGCAGAACGGGCACCCGGAAAGGGUGCCCGAGCAGAGCCAGGGGCGUAAGAAUCUGGCCGCAGCACUGUCGGAGAUUCGCGCCACCAACAAGCAAUCCGGGUCCGCCGACGUGUACACGCGCACGCUUCUCUGGGAUCAAAUCCCGCGAGAUGUGGUGCGAGACUUUAUAAAGAUGUUUGCGGACAACAACGCCGCACAGAUUGACCCGCAGCAAUGCAACGAAAUCAUGUCCUGA